CACCAGCUAUAUAGUGAGUUGUUGUUUAUGUUUCUAAGACUGCAGGGUGGGAGAUGCAACAAUGGCCUUGAGAACAGCAGGAAGUGUGUUGGUGGUCUUUCUCUGGUCUGUAGCAGUGGUACUGGGUCAGAAUGGCUGGAGUGUGAGCUACACCAAGAAUAGUAUCUGUACCUUGAAGGGGUCAACAGUGGAGCUGUCCUGCUCCUACACAUAUCCCAGAGGUUAUACAGUCACGACAACCAAAUGGUAUAAAUUGAAGAAAAGGAUGUGGACUGAAAUCCAAUAUACAUUUUUGGAUCGUAUAAAGUACCGUGGGAACAAGGAGAAUGACUGCACCCUGAGAAUCACAGACCUGAGAUUGAGUGACUCUGCUGGAUACAGGUUCAGAUUGAUAACAUCCGGAGGAAAGUUUGCUGGCUCACCUGUAUCCCUGACUGUCACAGAUGUUGUGUUGGUGAUGGAUCCUACAUCUGUGUCAGAGGGGGCGAGAGUCACACUGACAUGUAGAACCAAAUGUACACUGGACCCCAUCACAUCCUACAGUUGGUAUAAGAAUGGACAGCCUAUACCAAACAGCAACACCUACUCUCCUGUCUAUAGCCUAUUCCCAGUCAGCAGUGAGGAUGCAGGAAGAUACUCCUGUGCUGUGGAAGGCCAUGAGGAUCUCCCCUCUCCUGAAGACACUCUCAAUGUUAGAUAUGGACCAAAGAACACCUCAGUGUCAGUCAGUCCCUCUGGUGAAAUAGUGGAGGGCAGUUCAGUGACUCUGACCUGCAGCAGUGAUGCCAACCCACCUGUGGACAAAUACACCUGGUACAAGAAGAACAUAACCUCACCAAAAGCAUCAGGACAGAGUUACAACAUCACUAACAUCAGCUCUGAGGAAAGUGGAGAAUACUACUGUGAGGCUGAGAAUAAAUAUGGACGUCUCAACUCUUCUGUGUUUGUGGACGUUCAGUAUGGCCCAAAGAACACCUCAGUGUCAGUCAGUCCCUCUGGUGAAAUAGUGGAGGGCAGUUCAGUGACUCUGACCUGCAGCAGUGAUGCCAACCCACCUGUGGACAAAUACACCUGGUACAAGAAUAACAUAACCUCACCAAAAGCAUCAGGACAGAGUUACAACAUCACUAACAUCAGCUCUGAGGAAAGUGGAGAAUACUACUGUGAGGCUGAGAAUACAAUAGCAUCUAAGAACUCUACAGCUCUGAUGAUCAUUGGAGACUCUAGUCCAGUGUAUGACAACAUCUCAAGCAUGGCCAUGACCCUUACUGCAACACAGACAGCAGCCACCGUAGACCAGGAUGAUGUUCACUACGCCAGCGUCCACUUCUCUCACUCCAAAAACCAGGAAGUCCCACUGUACUCAACCGUCCAGAAACAGAAACAAGACGAAGAUGUCCAAUACGCUGUUGUGAAAUUGAAUCGCCCCAGUUCUGCAACCAAGUGA